AUGGCAGUCAAUGUAUACAGUACCAAUGCUACAGCAGAAAAUCUAAGUCGUCAUGAUAUAUUAAAAUGGGUGAAUGAUUCUUUGGAAACAAAUUACUCUAAAAUAGAAGAAUUAUGUUCAGGAGCUGCAUACUGCCAGUUUAUGGAUCUAUUAUUUCCAGACUCCAUUCCUUUGAGGAAAAUCAAAUUUAACACAAAAUUAGAAUAUGAGUAUAUUACCAAUUUCAAGUUCCUUCAAGCUAGUUUCACACGGCUGGGGGUAGAUAAGGUGAUUCCUGUUGAAAGAUUAGUGAAAGGAAAAUUUCAAGAUAAUUUUGAAUUUGUCCAGUGGUUUAAAAAGUUUUUCGAUGCAAAUUAUUCAGGUCAAGAAUAUGAUCCAUUAUCUUCAAGGAGUGGGCAAGCUGUAGGAGCUCCAGCGAAAACAACAGCAUUUAAUAAACCCCCUAAAACUACACCACCCACUAGAGCUGAGAUUUCACAGUUAACUAUUGAAAAAGAAGGUUUAGAAAAGGAGAGAGAUUUUUAUUUUGGUAAAUUAAGAGAUAUCGAAGUUUUGUGCCAAGAAAAUGAAGGUGUUUCCCCAAUUGAUAAAAUUAUGGAAAUUUUGUAUGCUACAGAGGAUGGUUUUGCUCCACCAGAAGAUGCAGCUGAAGAAGAAGAACAAGAAGAAUAUUAG